CUAUAACAAAACCCCUCAACCGCAUUCAGAUAAAACGUUCUCCUCGUUCUCUCUCUCUCUCAUGGAGUAACAGUCAUCUUCCAAUAAAAGCCGAGAAUCUCUCUUCGUCCGUCCACCGCUAGUUUGCGCCAGAUGGAUAACUACAAUUAUCCUGUCUCCUACCCGGAAUCCGGCAACUCUUCGCCCCGAUCGCGCGAAAUCGACUUCGACCACACCACGCCGUGGGAGGACCAGACGACAUCGCCGAACAACUACAAAGUCAAGUUCAUGUGCAGUUACGGCGGCAAAAUCAACCCCAGGCCACACGACAACCAGCUCUCCUACAACGGCGGCGAGACCAAGAUCCUCGCCGUCGAUCGCAACAUCAAAUUCUCCGCCCUGAUCUCCAAGCUGUUGGCACUGUGCGACGCCGUUGAUGUCAGUUUCAAGUACCAGUUACCCGGCGAAGAUCUCGACGCGUUGAUUUCGGUCACGAACGACGAGGAUUUAGAGCACAUGAUGCACGAGUACGACCGGUUGUGCAAGGCGAGCUCGAAACCGGCGAGGUUGAGGUUGUUUCUGUUUCCGGUGUCGGCGGCCGAGGAGGGGAGUAUCGGUUCUAGUGAAGGGAAGAGUGAUAGGGAUAGGUUUAUGGAGGCUUUGAAUUCCGGUCCCAUACAGUCGAAUCCGCAUGUUCCGACGGCGGCUGUGCAGGCUGCAGCACCGCCGCCUCCGUCGAACAAUGUGGACUUCUUGUUCGGUUUGGAAAAACGAAUUCCUGUGUCUCCACCGCUCCAGCAACCAGCAGUUGUAGCGACGAAGGUACAGGAUCCGGAGAUUCUGGCUCCGGAGGAUCGGGUAAUCGGGCCGGAUAACCCGAUCCUGCAGACCCAGAUCCAGGAAAUGCAGAGGUUGCAAAUUUCUAGUGCUCAAGAGCAAGCUGUGUAUAGGAGGAGAAGCGAAGAGAGUUUAGUCGAAGCUUUUGCCGGUGACUACUACGCGCCAAAGGUUCCGCCACCGGCUGUAGCGGGUAAUAUACCGGUUAGUGCUCCGACGUCAUAUUGGCCGGAGAAGCAACAGGCGGGAGGAUUUUACCAGGCGACGGCGCCGUUUCCUGAACAGCAACAACCACCACCACAACAACAGGUGUACAUGAUUCCAACUCCGACUGGCAUGUACCACGCGCCGAUGGGGAGACCGUUGACCGGCCCAGCCGGUCAGGGCUACUACGCGGUUCAGAGGAUGCCGACGGAGGUUUACCGGGAGCACCAGUCACCGGUGUACAACGUUGUGCCACCCUCUCAAGCGGUGGCGCAGCCUUCUCUGCCGCCGCAAGCUCCGUCGAAGGUGGCCGGGUUUACGACGGCGGCGGGUGGGGUUGGGGUGGUGGAUGCGGGGUAUAAUACGCAGGUGGCGUACGAUGGUGCGACGGGGAGGCAGGUAGCGUACGAUGGCACGACGGGGAGGCAGGUGGCGUACGAUGGCGCGACGGGGAGGCAGGUAGCGUACGAUGGCACGACGGGGAGGCAGGUGGCGUACGAUGGCGCUACGGGGAGGCAGGUGGCGUACGAUGGCGCGACGGGGAGGCAGGUGUACUAUGCUGCGCAGGGAGGCGUGAUGCCGCCGCAGGCGUAUCAGGCAAUGGCGGCGGUUAACGGCGAUAUGAGAGCAGCUGGGGGUUUGAAUCAGGAGGGUAAGGUCGUCGUGAAGACUUCACAACAUGCUGCCGUGUGAAAUUAAACAUCGUUUUGUUUAAUACUCCUAAUUAAAGAGAUAUAUUAGCUUUAUUAAUUAAUACUUGUGGAAUUGUGGAAUAAAGCUUUUGCAUAUGCUUUGGUCUUUAACGAUUAUUGCUCUGCAUAAGCUAGUUUUGUAAAAUUAUGUGGUUGUGAAAAAUGAUGAGUUUAUUAUCGUUGGUCU